AUGUCCACUCCCCAGGAAGAUCUGAGCGAAAAGGCCGCAGCCGCAGCCAAUGAUUUCUUCGGCCAACUCUACUCCGUCUUCGAGCUAGCCAUAACCCGCUUCUUCAAGAACGGCUACGCCUCCAUCGCCCAGAUGAGCGGCAAGCGCUGGACCAAAGUCAUCGGCAGCGUGGUCUUCUACAUAAUCAUCCGGCCGUACAUCGAGAAGUUGUUUAAGUGGAUGCAUGACCGCGACCGUCGCAAGGAGAAGGAGAAGCGCGAUAAGGAGAGGGCGCAGUUCGGGAAAGUCAAGGUGUCGCCGAAUACGCUGCGUGGUGGUGGGGACGGGAAAGGGAAGGUCCUUGGUGAAGUCGAUAACACUGAGGACGAGCUUGAGGAUGAGGAGGAUCUUAUGGCUGCUGCUAGUGGUGUUCCUGAGUGGAAUGAUAUGGCCCGCAAGCGUCAGAAGAAUUACAUUAAGCGUGUGAAGAAGGAUCAGCGCGCUGAGGACCUGAGUCGGGAUCAGAUUAUGGAAUUGUUGGAUUGGAGUGAGGAGGAGGAGGUUGAUGUGAAGGUGAAGAAGGACCUUUGA